CAGCAUCCGAGGAGCGCAAGAAGAGGACCCCCCGGACCCACAGCUCAUGCGAUUGGACAAUAUGCUUCUGGCAGAGGGUGUUUCGGGUCCCGAGAAAGGGGGAGGAUCGGCAGCGGCGGCGGCGGCGGCAGCGGCUUCCGGAGGCUCUUCCGAUAACUCUAUCGAGCACUCAGACUACAGAGCCAAACUGACCCAGAUCCGGCAAAUCUAUCACACGGAGCUGGAGAAGUACGAACAGGCCUGUAACGAAUUCACCACGCACGUGAUGAACCUCCUCCGAGAGCAAAGUCGAACACGGCCCAUUUCCCCGAAGGAGAUUGAGAGGAUGGUUGGCAUCAUCCACCGGAAGUUCAGCUCCAUCCAGAUGCAGCUCAAACAAAGCACUUGCGAAGCCGUCAUGAUCCUGAGAUCGCGGUUCCUGGACGCCAGGCGGAAAAGGCGUAACUUCAGCAAGCAAGCCACAGAAAUCCUGAAUGAGUAUUUUUACUCGCACCUCAGCAAUCCCUACCCCAGCGAAGAAGCCAAAGAGGAGCUGGCAAAGAAAUGCAGCAUCACAGUAUCGCAGGUAUCCAACUGGUUCGGCAACAAGAGGAUCAGGUACAAGAAGAACAUAGGGAAAUUUCAGGAAGAAGCCAACCUUUACGCAGCAAAAACGGCGGUGACCGCCGCACACGCCGUGGCGGCAGCUGUGCAGAACAACCAGACAAACUCUCCCAGCACGCCAAACUCUGGUUCUUCGGGUUCUUUUAACCUCCCUAAUUCUGGGGACAUGUUCAUGAACAUGCAGAGUCUGAAUGGGGAUUCUUACCAGGGGUCCCAAGUCGGAGCCAAUGUGCAAUCACAGGUGGAUACCCUCCGUCAUGUUAUCAAUCAGACGGGAGGAUACAGUGACGGUCUGGGAGGAAAUUCGCUGUACAGUCCACAUAAUUUAAAUGCAAAUGGAGGCUGGCAGGAUGCGACCACUCCAUCUUCAGUGACCUCUCCAACAGAAGGCCCGGGAAGUGUGCACUCCGAUACCUCUAACUAAUCUCCUCACGUCACUUUUUUGUUCCCCGCAAGUUGAGAUGCCUUUCUCUAGCGCAUUCAGAAUCCUAGAAGGAAAAGGAAAACCGCAGAAAGGAAAUGUUGCCCCCCCACCCCAGUCAGUCACUGAUGGCUUUACUGUAAAACCCCCGUUGUAUCCAAGAACUCGAAAAAUCGAUAGUGUGUGGGUUUGUUUUGUUCUCGCUCUUUUGUUUUGUUUUUUCCCCCUUCAGAAGCUAUCUAAAUCAUUUGUAUAUGUACUGAAAUAUCACAAAGAUGCGCACACUCAUGCAAUGUUAAGGAAAAAUAAAACCACCAAGCACUUUAUCCAACUAGGCCAAGAGUUAAGCAUUGUUUGUAGCCCUGUAACUAUUUUGAGAAAAUAAUUUAUUGUCGGUGGGACCUGCAAGGACGGCCUACAGGAUGCGAGUUUCCUGGCCUUACGGGGUAAACGAAAACCGUUCUUUAAGAGUCGCCUCACACAGCAGAACCAGGCCCUGGGGGGCUUUGCCCACAGGGAACCGCCAUUGCGACCUGAGUUAAUUCUGGACGCCGAACGUCCUUUCAUCUUCCACUCUUUCCACACCUUCUCGAGCAAAGCUGCGCCUUGCUCGGUCCACCGUAUUCCACCGGUGGAUUCGUGUUCGUGUUCGGGGGACCCAAUGCUUUCGCUUUCGGCCGGGCCCCGUCGCUUAGCCGUUUCCCUUGGGACCCCGGGAAGGCCUUCGUCCCUCCUCUUCCUCCCCCGUUUCACCCUUCUUAGCAUCCCGCGGUGCAGAGCCUAGCCUCACCGCACGCCGGUGGGCACGGACGAUCGCCGCAAGGCGAGAGGUAUCCUUCCGGCGUUUCCGAACGCCCGCCGAUGGGUUUUACAGUACGAGUGCAUCCGUCCGGGGAUUGGCCGCCGCUCGUCCACGGCAGUGAGAGGCCGGAAUGGCACCUUUCUCUGGAGCGUUGUAUAUAGUGUAGCAAAAGAGUAUUUAUACAUUUCACCAAUCAAAACACAGCUUUAUUACCUCAUGCAAACUCAUACGAACCAAUAGAAACAUGUUCUUUCGCUUAGAGUGCUCACUACCUACCUCUAAACCAGCCUUCCUCGGCCCGGCACAUUCCAGACAUAUCGGACUACAACACCCAUCACCCCCAGUCUGGGCGGCUUGUUGGGGGUGAUAGGAGUUGUGGUCAGACACAUCUGGAAGGCACCAGUUUGGGAAAGGCUGCUCUAAACAAUACUCGUGGCUGUAGUUUAUAUCCCUUUUUUUAAAUUUUUCCUCUAUCCUUUUGGGUUUGGUUUGGUUUGGUUUUGAUUUUCGGGUUGGGUUUUUUGGCAUCUUGUAAUUAACUCUUUGUUUCCCUUCAUGAGAUGUAAUGUACAUUGUAAUCUUUUAAAUGACGACGAUGACAAGAAUUAAAACGUUUUUAAAAAUUCAGGUCGCCCUGGUGACUUUCGAAAAGAAUAAAAAAAAAUCUUUGAAGUGGAAACACUGAGUCUUUAGGUUCAACACAAAACAGUAAAACUGUUUGUAAAUACAAAGAAACAUUUUGAAUGUUCUUCAUCUUGUUACUAUACUAAUUCACGCAAAAGAAAAAGAGAAAAAAAAUAAAACCAAUAACGGAUUGUAAAACAGAGGUCUCAGUAUUCAGUA